AUGAUUCAAUAUUCCUUCCUCUUCCUUUCUCUCUUCGUUGCCUCGAUUUGUGCCGCACCACCCGGGUACCUUAGCUCAAGGGAGUCUGUCCAGCACCCAUUAGUGGAUCAAUUGGUCACCAUUGAGCCGGAAUGCAAUGCAGCUGAACAGAAAUCUAUCCGUCGUGCACUUUCGGAUGCUUAUGAGAUUGCAGAAAUCGCUCAGCAUAUCCAGAAAACAGAUCCUGCGUUCAGCAAUUACUUCGUGAAAGGCGACAAAAAAUUCGUCCCAGCCAUGUUUGAGUCCUUCUUGAGCGGCGGGGGUUCACACAAGAAGUUCCCUAUAACGUGUGUUCACGCUUCGUCUCCAGAAAAUCACAAAUUUUGUCUCGGUGGCAAUCUUGCCUUUGUCGAAGCUGAUAAGGAUGGCGUGGAGAAGAUAUUUUUAUGUCCGCAAUUCUUCGGCAAUCCAGCGCCUCCUCCAGGUUACGGUACCACUGCAUUGACUCUCUCCUCAAAAAAGUUUACUGCACAAGGGUGGUGCACUCCCCCGCCCCAUAUCCUUGGGCAUUACACAUCCUUGGGCGCACAUACGAUAUUACAUGAGAUGACCCAUAUCACGUUCAUUGCCACUCACGCGCUCAAUCCGCCACGCCUCCCACAUGGAUUCCGACUUGUCGUCGACCUCAUGGGACAGCCAGACGAGCUUCAUCCGGGACAUUUCUACAAUGAUUGGCCUCCUGCUUUGGCUCGGGAACUCAAGCACCGCUGGGAUGACUACCAAGCUGCUCAAGCUAAGGAGGAUUUCAGUUAUAAAAUGCCACCUGUUCCGACAUCGCGUAACGCAGAGAACUAUGCCGAUUCCGGCGUUGAGUACUAUUUCGGGAAAAAAUGUUCCAACUUCAAGCCAGCAGAUAUACUCGUCAAAGCGAACUAA